GCCUAACGAGUCUCACCUGCUUAUGUAAAGACAAGCAGACAAGAGUUUACAGUAAGUAAACUGCCACAGUCCAUAUCCUGCGAGACUCGGCGCACUGACAGAGGUGGGCGGGGAGGAGCAGAACUCUGUCCCCUGAUAUUUUUAUCCAUCCAUCAAAUAUAACUAUAAGGCUCAUCAUCCCACUCUUCCUUCUCUCCUGCCCUCCCUGCGGACAUGGCCACGGUCCUUAUCAAAUGCACUCCCCCUGAAGAACCAACCCUACACCAGAGAUUGAACGGUGGAAGUGUUGGUUGGAGUAGCUCCAGAGGUGUGCAGCUGCCAGUCCUGUCCCUCAGGGCCGCCACAGCACCUACAGUUUGUUGGUUCCUGCGGAUCAUCAAGCAGGAGGAGUAUAUUGGGACCCCCACCCAGGCAAACCGGCGACCCAGGGACCCCCGCCCGGGCAAACCGGCAACCCAGGGACCCCCACCCAGGCAAACCGGCGACCCAGGGACCCCCGCCCGGGCAAACCGGCAACCCAGGGACCCCCGCCCGGGCAAACCGGCGACCCAGGGACCCCCGCCCAUGCAAACCGGCGACCCAGGGACCCCCGUCCUGGCAAACCGGCGACCCAGGGACCCCCGCCCAUGCAAACCUGCGACCCAGGAACCCCGCCCAGGCAAACCUGCGACCCAGGGACCCCCGCCCAGGCAAACCGGCGACCCAGGGAACCCUGUCCAGGCAAACCGGCGACCCAGGGACCCCGCCCAGGCAAACCGGCGACCCAGGGACCCCCGCCCAUGCAAACCGCUGACCCAGGGACCCCCGCCCAGGCAAACCGGCGACCCAGGGACCCCCAUAAUCUGUUAUGAAAAAAUAAUAAUACACUGAACAAAAAUAUAAAUGCAACAAUUUCAAAGUUUACUGAGUUACAGUUCAUACUUUUAUUUAUUUACCCAGGCAAGUCAGUUAAGAACAAAUUCUUAUUUUCAAUGACGGCCUGGGAACAGUGGGUUAACUGCCUGUUCAGGGGCAGAACGACAGAUUUGUACCUUGUCAGCUCAGGGGUUUGAACUCGCAAACCUUCUGGUUACUAGUCCAACACUCUAACCACUAGGCUACACUGCCGCCCCAAGGAAAUCAGUCAAUUUAAAUAAAUGCAUUAGGCCCUGAUCUAUGGAUUUCACAUGACUGGAAAUACAGAUAUGCAUCUGUUGGUCACAAAUACCUUAAAAAAAGAAGGGGCGUGGAUCAGAAAAUCAUUCAGUAUCUGGUAUGACCACCAUUUGCCUCAUGCAGCGCCACACAUCUCCUUCUGAUAGAGUAGAUCAGGCUGUUGAUUGUGGCCUGUGAAAUGUUGUACCACUCCUCUUCAAUGGCUUUGUGAAGUUGCUGGAUAUUGGCGGGAACUGUAACACGCUGUCAUACACAUCGAUCCGGAGCAUCCCAAACAUGCUCAAUUGGUGAUAUGUCUGGUGAGUAUGCAGGCCAUGGAAGAACUGGGACAUUUUCAGCUUCCAUUAUCAUGUUGAAACACAAGGUGAUAGCAGUGAAUGAAUGGCACGACAAUAGGCCUCAGGAUCUUGUCACGAUAUCUCUGCAUUCAAAUUGCCAUCGAUAAAAUGAAAUUGUGUUUGUUUUCCUUAGCUUAUGCCUGCCUAUACCGUAACCCUUAAAUGAACAUUUUUGGUAUAGUUUCAUUAUUUUGACGUCUCCAGAGUUCACUCUAACGUAGUCUAUUAACCAGAACGAGAAAGUUAUCUUGUCGGCGUAGAGAGCAUUUUGCUGUUGUAAAGCAAAUUUUCACCAAUUCUACAGUUUGGCAUGGAGCUCAGAGAAAAUUUAGCAGUUUUAAAGCAAAUUUCCUGCAAUUCUAUGCAUUUUGCCAUUCGAAAGGCUAUGUUCUUCUGCUCAAUCAUUAUAAUAAAAUCAAUGGGUAUGUGGCCUGAACGCCUGUUUAAUUAAAC